UUAGCAAUUGCACUAUGGCUUUGUCCAAAACAGUCUUCACAGAUAUAUGAAACGUUAAACUCUUUAAUAAUAGGAAUAAAUCCAUUGUUUGAAGAUGCUCCAAGAUUUGAGCCUCACAUCACAAUAACAUCUCAGCUAUCAAUCAAUUCAAUGAGCGAUGUAAACACUGUGCUCAAUAGCUGUGUUGCAGCUUUAGCUGGAGGUCCGGAAAUGGAUAUAGAGCUGACUUUCAACUCGUUAAAGAUUAACCAUAAAAAUUCCUACUUCAAGAAAAUUUAUCUAUCUUUGUUGAAAACAAAAAAUCUUGCAAGUCUUGCUACUAUAAUAAGAGAACUUUAUGUUGAAUUCCCCAAUUUACAAAACCAGGCCGAAUCAAAAUAUGCUGCUCAAGAUUGGUGUAAUGAAAUAUUUGAUCCUCAUUUAUCACUAGUUUAUACAAAUUUAACCCAUUUUGAUAAUGCAUUGAUAAGGACCAUCAAAACUAGAGUAGAGGAUUUGUUAAACACUGAUACACUAUCAUUAGAAGAUGAUGAAUUGCUGGAAUAUAAUCUCGGUUGGACAAAUGGUGCUUUGAAAAUCGUAAGAUGUGAAGGUCCUGUUGAAGAAUGGCAAGUAUUAGGAAAAGUUGACAUACACUAG